AUGAACUGAAGAAAUUGCAGACAAAAGAAAGAAAAGAACAGUAAUGUGCGAUGCCUGCCAACAGCAAGGAGCGAGGAACUUUGAAUCUGCGCGAGGGCGCACACGGAAGCCAUCUCCUCGCCGCCCACGUGCCGCACUCGCAGACGGCGCUCCCGUCUUUCGAGACGGCAACAGACCAGUCGCUCCUCCCGAAACUCGCGGACGAAGAUACAAAAUUACAUCGUGUCAUCUGAUGAGCGCGGCGUAACGAAAACCGAAGUGGUUGCACAGAAUAUGAGGAUGGCUGGCUGCAGUCGUCGGCAUCGGCCGAGUAUGGCGAGACGCUUCGACGGGCUGGAAGCUGGCCGAGAGUAGAGCUAUGGAUCUGCCUGGAGACUUGAGUCCUGGAAAACCACCGAGGAGAAAAAAUCUCCUCUACAGCUUCGUUUUCGUCGGCGCCGCAGUGAUGGUCAUCUGCUACCAUUUCUGUAGUCCAUUGAGGCCACGCGAUCUCACGGCCUCCAGCCCGGCCUCUAGUUCCCGUCGGAAGAAAGAGCCAACGUGCGCUGACGUGACUCACGGCUCGAAUGGCAGAGGCAAGUUGCCUCGGCAGACCGGGCAAGGCCUGACCGGGCACCCCAAUGCCUCGUCACCAGCCCCGAGGGUGCGCCUGGUGUACAACCGGGUGCCAAAGUGCGCCUCGACGACGCUGCUGACGCUGCUGCGCAGGCUGUCGGCCACCAACGGAUUCCGGCACCUGCACUGCAGGAUUUACGACAAGAGGAUGCUUACAAGCGACGAGCAGGCUGAAUUCGUAGAAGAGGUGAUGUCUUUGAGGGCGCCCUGCAGCUACGACAGGCACGUCUACUUUCUGGACUUCGAGGAGUUCGGCCAUGCGAACCCUACGUACAUCAACAUGGUCCGGGACCCGGUAGAUCGGAUCGCCUCGUCCUUCUACUACAGCCGGGCCAUCGCCGCACGCCGGCGUGAUCCCACGCUACGCAAGGUGCCGCCGCGCUGGCUGCGCGAGACGUUCGAGGAGUGCGUGCAGCGAGGUGGGGACGGUUGCUGCUUCGCGGAAGGUCAGCCGCACCGGUCGCUGAUGGUGCCUUACUUCUGCGGCCACGACCCGCGCUGCCUAAUUGUGCAAAACUCCUGGGCCCUCGACAAGGCUCGGCAGAACAUUGAGCGACACUUCUCCGUGGUGGGUGUUCUGGAAGACUUGAACACAACGCUGGCACUCCUGGAAACGAGCGUUCCAAUCUUCUUCCGGGGGGCCGCGGCAUUGUACCGUAAGGAAGGACUGCACAAGAAUCGCAACUGGAGUGGUCCAAGCAAGGUGGCACUGCGGACGCGCGAGAUGCUUCGUCGUAACAUCAGCCUCGAGUACGAGCUGUACGAGUUCGUUCGACAGCGGCUCCACGCACAGUGGCGACGCCUGGCCGCCUAGCUCGAUUGUUCCCUACAGCAUGGAAUCCUCGUUUACACUCUUAAAAUGCCAGCAGGAAGUACGGGCCAGGGAUUCCACGAUAAGGCCGACCUUACAAUCCGUCUAUGAAUGCAAAAUGGAACUCAAGACUGCUGUCCCAAUUGGAUAUCGUUAACAUUCCAGUGCCCUCGUCAUUUACAGCUCUUGCGUUGGAAUUACGAAGGAAUUCAGUAUUUUCAGCGAGCCCACACUUUGUGGGCGCUUUUGUUCGCGGGUGUAUAUGCGUUACCGCUACGAUCUAUUCAUGGCAUCUUGGUGUAGCCACUUGGUACGACCACGUAAAUCGAAAUUGCAGUACUUGUGGCGAUAUUCCCCUCGGUAAAAAAGUACUAUGAUAACUCCCAUUAGGACGAACAUGAGUGGAAGAAUUAUUUCUUCUUAUCAGAAGCUUUUCUGAACAGAUAUAAUUAAAGAAGUUCUCUAAUCUAGGUACACCCAAGUACUGAAAUGAAAAGGCACACGUAAACAAAGGGGAAUAUUUUAUAAUCCUAAGCAUUUUUUUAUGCCUCUGCAAAAUGUUACAGUGAUGUUUUAUUGCGUGAAUGCGGCUUACGCGCAAGCGUAUGGGUGCUAUUCCCUUUUUGUGCAUCGUGCGUAGAAUGUUUUAAAGAUGCUUUGAUUGUGAGUAAGUGUGGCGAGUUUCAAAGGCUUAUUUUUUUUUUGUACGUCUUAGUUCCAUUUUCUAAUUUUCUUAAAAUGUAAAGUCACAUUAGGAAAGAUGGUUAAGCACUGUGCAGCAAUGCACAGUCUUUAUUAUUUCAAGGUGUUUGGUAAUGUACUAUUACCCCUUUUCCGUUUGGCUCAUUCAGCUCAAUAUUUCGAAAUGUAAAUGCAUGCACGUCUAGCGUAAACGCUCCAUUACUCAUUUCCCGUAAUCCCUGAACUCCGUGGCGCUAUCACUAACAAACUCAUACAGGUACCUAGGUGUCGAAAUAACGAACCAAUUACCUUCGGUGGGUCACAUCACAAAGCUUUGUGCUAGCACUUCCGGAACAAUUUGUUUCAUCCUACGAAAUGGCAGACGACUGGAAGACUGCCCAAAUCGUUCCUGUUCCCAAGAAAGGUGAUCGUUUGCUGUUAACUAUCGCCGAAUAUCCCCAAUUUCAUCAUGCUUUAAAUUAAUUGAGCACGUCUUUGUUAAUCGCAAAAACGAAUUCCUUAAUCGGCACUCUAUCCUAUCAAAAUUUCACCAUGGUUUUCCUAAAGGGUUUUCAACAGUAAUCGAAUUAAUAACAAUCGCUCAUUCGUUCGCACUUAGCCUAGACAGUUGUGGCCAAGUUGAUCUCAUAUUCUUCGAUUUUAGCAACGCUUUGGUGAAGUCCCUCAUGAUAAAUUAAUUUUAAAGCUAAAGACUGUUGGCCUUCCUGAGCUAUUAGUUAUCUGCAUUUCAGACUAUUUAACUAACCGUGAUCAGUAUGUUUUAAUUGAUGGAAAUUAGUCGGACGGCCUUGCGCUCUAUUCUGGUGUGCCUCAAGGGAGUGUACUGGAUGGAUGGAUGGAAUAACUUUAAUGAAAGGUCCUGCGAGCUACGGGGCACAAGGUCCCAUAGAGCGGGCUACUCCCACGUUGGGACCGUGAGUUUUAACUCCCUGGCCGCAUCGUGGUCUCGCUGAACAGCACAGAGCUGCUCCACCUGGUCCGUGUCGCGUAAUGCUUCUGUAGCCUGGCGGAGUCUUGAUCCUUGUUUGCGUGGGUCCGACCACACGGCCAGAGCAAGUGAUAUACGUCCAAUUUGCUAAGGCAAUUUUCGAGACCCUUUUAUUAAUUCCUCUAAUAUUAACGACAUUCUUCACAGAGUUGUUUCUGGCACAGAGAAUCGUUUGUUUGCGGAUGAUUACGUGCUGUACCGUGAAGUUACAUGUUCUGAUAUCCAGAACGGCCUAUAUAACUCGUUAACUAACAUCCUAGCAUAGUGCCAAGAAUGGUGUGUGCUUCUAAACAAAGAAUAAACAAAGCUCCUUCGCCUAUCACGCAAGAAAAGUUCCUUUCGAUCACAGGUAUCACAUUGGACCAUCACCCUUACACGAAGUCUCCAGUUAUUGUAAGACACUAACAAUCUCUCCCGGAAUUCACAUGCUGAGAAUAUCUGCUGAUCCGCCUUUUGCAAACUAUGUAUUUUAUGGUUAAACUACUCGCUUAUAAUUUACUUAUCACGCCUAAGCUCGAGUAUGCAAGGGUUUUGUGCUGUCAUGUAUAAUACUAUAAUCAAUGUUUAAAAAACUUUAUAAAGAAUUGAAAGGUAAGCAGUAAGGUUUAUUUAUUCAACAUGUUCACCGUUCGAUUCAACGUCUGAGCUAAUGAAGAAUAACAGUAUCGAACCCCUUGAAACAAGAAGAAAAAUUACGCAUGGAGCGUUUCUUUACUUGCUAAUAAAUAACAAAUUUGCUCUUGAUCCUGCACCCUAUGUAUCGUUCCUAACUACACGCCGCACGCGUCACCAUCAAGCCGGUUCACUAACCCCUUACAUUUAUCACACUGUCACAUUCCAAUUUUCCUUUUUGCCUCGUACCAUUAGCGAGUGGAAUUCGCCCACACAAUAAGUGACAACGCAUUCUGAUGCUGCCUUACUUUUACUUGCUUCCUUUGAACCUAUGUUGUCAUUUCAUGUAUUUGAUGCGCUUGGAUCUGUAACACGAUCUGCAGUAUGAAAUAAAUAAAAAAAGAGA